AACAAACACCAAGCAGACAACAGAAUCGACAUCUCCCCUCUAGACUUCUGUUCCUAUCGCACGUUCGGAUUCCCAAAGAAAAAGAAACAAAGAGGCCGUACAGCCAGCCAUAAUUAUAUCGCAAGCAUGUCCGACAAGAAGAAUGAAGACUACACCAUUCGCAUGCCCGACUCGGGUUUGCGAAGCCCUUAUGGCGGAGAGAAGGAUCCCUUCAUCCCGGCCCGUCCUGCGCGCGCCGCUUCCCAUCAGAACCUCUCUUCGCAGCUCGCAAAGAUCGAGAACAACCCGGUUAUAUCUAUUCUGGCCUACUGUCUCUCCUCCAUUAGCAUGACCAUCGUUAACAAAUACGUCGUGUCCGGAUCCGAAUGGAACUUGAACUUCUUCUACCUUGCAAUCCAGUCCAUCGUGUGUAUAGUAACCAUCCAGGUCUGCAAGCAAUUGGGUUUAAUCAAGAACCUCGCGCCGUUCGAGGUAAACAAGGGAAAGCGAUGGUUCCCCGUCUCCCUUCUCCUCGUCGGUAUGAUCUACACGGGCACCAAGUCGCUACAGUUCCUGUCCGUUCCCGUCUACACCAUCUUCAAGAACUUGACCACUAUUGUCAUUGCGUAUGGAGAGGUCCUAUGGUUCGGAGGCAACGUCACUCCCUUGGCCCUUCUGUCGUUCGGUCUUAUGGUCCUGAGUUCCGUUGUUGCGGCGUGGGCGGAUACGCAUAGUGCUAGUCAAGCUCCUGGUGCGGCUGAGGCUCUUGCGACCUUGAAUGCUGGAUACGCUUGGAUGGGUCUGAACGUUUUCUGCACCGCCUCCUACCUUCUGAGCAUGCGCAAGUUCAUUAAGAACAUGAACUUCAAGGACUGGGAUACUAUGUUCUACAACAACUUGCUCACCAUUCCCGUUUUGAUCGUUUGCUCUCUUAUCGCCGAGGACUGGUCCAGCGACAACUUGGCCAGGAACUUCCCCCCCGAGUCCCGAAAUGCUCUUUUCAUUGGCAUGAUCUACUCCGGCAUGGCUGCUAUUUUCAUCUCGUACUGCUCUGCGUGGUGCAUCCGAGUUACGUCUUCCACCACUUACUCCAUGGUUGGAGCUCUCAACAAGCUCCCAAUCGCCAUCAGUGGUCUUAUCUUCUUCUCUGCGCCCGUCACCGUUGGCAGCGUUUCCGCCAUUUUCAUCGGUUUCGUCAGCGGUAUCGUGUACACCUGGGCUAAGGUGCGACAGUCACAGGUGGCCAAGAACUCGCUGCCGACUACGCAGCCCACCAUGAGCGCAAGCUCCCAGAGCAACCGCGACGCCAACUCAUAGGUGAAAGUGUAACACUUUCCGCGAGCUUCGUGGCGGAGGUCCCUGGUACCGACAGCAUGGCCACUUCGAGCCAGUACAAUUCUGAACGGGGCGGCAGACCACUGCGAGACGGCCAAGCACCGAACUAAUAUCGCGCGCCCCGUGUCGGCCGACGUGACUGUAUAAUAUCUAUCCCAUCCCCAUCCCCCCAUCCUCUUCGACUCGGUGGUGCCAUGCGGAUAGGCCGAUGAAUUUCUGGUAUAGACUUUUUUUAACUUAUAAUGAGCAAACGGAGC